GUAACGUGUACGGACAGACUUUAGAGAAAGUGUAACAAGCGUUUGACAAACAGAGAUGCACAAAUAAUUUUGAGAAAUGCAAAAAUAUGAAAAACUUGAGAAAAUUGGGGAAGGGACAUAUGGAACAGUGUUUAAAGCAAAGAAUAGAGAAUCUCAAGAGAUUGUAGCAUUAAAGAGAGUUCGUCUUGAUGAUGAUGAUGAGGGAGUGCCAAGCUCGGCAUUACGAGAGAUUUGUUUGUUAAAGGAACUUAAACAUAGAAACAUUGUCAGAUUACACGAUGUUCUACACAGUGACAAGAAACUUACGUUGGUAUUUGAAUACUGUGAUCAAGAUCUGAAGAAAUAUUUUGACAGCUGUAAUGGAGAGAUUGACCAGGAUACUGUCAAGUCAUUCAUGUACCAGUUGUUGAGAGGUUUAGCUUUCUGUCACAGUAACAAUGUACUACAUAGAGAUCUUAAACCACAAAAUCUUCUCAUAAACAAGAGUGGGGAAUUAAAACUAGCAGAUUUUGGUUUAGCGAGGGCGUUCGGUAUUCCGGUGAGAUUCUAUUCAGCAGAGGUGGUAACUUUAUGGUACAGACCUCCUGAUGUAUUAUUUGGAGCUAAGAUGUAUUCUACAUCAAUUGAUAUGUGGUCAGCUGGAUGUAUAUUUGCUGAAAUGGCAAAUGCUGGAAGACCACUGUUUCCAGGAAAUGAUGUAGAGGACCAGCUAAAAAGAAUAUUUAAGUUACUGGGAACACCUACAGAAGACAGUUGGCCCAACAUUACCCACCUUCCAGAUUAUAAACAAUAUCCGAUGUAUCAUGUAAGUACAACAUGGCAACAAGUGGUACCAAGACUAAACAUCAAGGGCAGGGAUUUGCUACAGAGAUUGUUAGUGUGUAACCCGAAUGGAAGACUGUCAGCAGAGGAGGGUUUACAUCAUGGAUAUUUUAGUGAUCUAAGUCCAUCUAUCAAAUUCCCGGCAGAUCCAUUCUAAACAAGCAUUCCAAUAUCGUGAUACAGAGGUCUCAGUAAUUGUUGUAUUUAAUGUGGUUAUUUUAUUGUGCCAUUACGUUUUAAACAGCAAUAGCAAUUCUCACAGAUAUUCUGUUCUUACAAUGCACCUCCUUGACCUUUACCCUGCUUGAUUUGUGCAACCUAAAAAAGCUUUGUUUAAAGGUUUGAAAUAUCAAAAUGCUGAGAUUAAGCAGUUGACGGUAUAGAGUCUGAUUGCACAGAUUGGCUUGACUCAAAGGCGUGGCAGUAUUCUGUGGCAUAGGCCAGUCAUUUCCUGCUUACAUUCAGAGGGCUAUAAUGCCCUAAAGAAAUGCUAAUGGUAUGGCAUUGGUUUACUUGCUUCAAGAAGGGUAUAGUAUGGUGGUGUAUUUGAAUCUGGCACAGAAUUGUUAAUACAUUUUUCAUUGUAGAAUAAGAUUUUAUUUAAAUUAUAUUUAAGUUUGACCAUUGAAUUAGUAUUACAAUAUUUAAAAACUUUCCUUUGGAGAAAAAGGGAAUUUAUGUCAUAAUGUGAUAUCAGUAAAAUUGAAGAAAAAAAACAUAAAAAAAGAAAUUUUACAUUUAUUGAAUUCCAGAUAUUUCUUGAUUCUCAGAUUUAGAUAACUGAUAUAAUGCAUUAAUUUAUACCACCACUCGCCAUUGUGUCACCAUUUUAACAUAUUUAUGAUGUUAUUUCAAAUCCAAAAGCAAAAAUUAGAGCAAAAGUUAGAAAAUAAUCAUGAUACACUUAUUAUAUACUAUCAUAUAUGUUAAAGGUACCAAUUACAUUCAUCAUGUGGUAAUUUAUGUUAUACAAUGUUGAAUAUUGUUGAGAAGUGAAAGACCAAAAAGCAUUUCCAUUGAAUGUAUAAUUGAAUAAAUACAACUGUUUUUAGUACAUAUACAUGUAUUUAAAUUUGUGCAAUAAUGUGUAAAUGUGAAAAAUAAAAAGCAAAAAAAA